GAUCAGUUUAGCACAGAAUUCGCAAACGACUUGAAAGUACUAGCCCAUAUCAACCAUAUACCGUGUAUCCAAAGGGAAUCCAACGAAAACAAGAAUCGUCUGUCCAACACAGUGAUUGACCAAAGAUCACAGCUCUAAUGCUCGUCUGGAACGAUAAACAGGAUACAAAUUUUUCAUUCAUUUGAGCAGAGUGCUCCAUUUGCCAGAAAUCGGGACCGGAGACAUCGUCGUAAUCAAAAAUAUUAGCAAUAUUUGUUUGUGCUUUUUUUUUGUUUUUGUUUAUUUUGAUUCGAUUUGGUUUGGUUUGGUUUGGCUAUUCGAUUUUCUUUCGUUGAAUCGGGAAAAGGGCCGGCCUGGUGAUAAUGCCCAGCAGUUUUGCCAACGAGAGUCAGUUCCGAUACCAGAGCAGCCGCAAUCGUGCCAGCUGCACAAGCCGGAGUCCCAGCGAGCCGGAAUCCCCGGCGCCGGUGACGCCCAAUUGCGAUGUAGUCGAUCAGGCGCUGGCCGAGCUGCAGCUCCAAUCGCAGGACAUACGCAAGCAACAGGACCUGGUGGACACCACAGCCACGAGCAGCAGCAGCCGAAAGCGUUCCGGAUGGGAGAUAAAGGGCUCCAAGCUAUCCCUUAACACGCACAAUCGCAUUCGGAACAUUGUCGAGUCGCUAAAGAUCAAACCGAAUCCGGAGAAGCCCAUGAUACCGCUGUCCAUUGGUGAUCCCACAACCUUUGGCAAUCUAAAAGCCGCCGAUGAGACAAUGAAGGCGGUGCUGCAUUCCCUGGAGAGCGGCAAGUACAAUGGGUAUGCCAGCACCCAGGGUCACGAGAUAGCCCGCAAAGCGGUGGCCAAAUACAGUGCCCACCAGCGUCCCGACGGAGAGAUCGAUGCCAACGAGGUGGUGCUGUGCAGCGGCUGCUCCUCCGCCUUGGAGUACUGCAUCCUGGCGCUGGCGGAUCGUGGUCAGAAUGUUCUGGUGCCGCGACCGGGUUUCUGUUUGUACUAUACGCUGGCCCAGGGCUUGGAUAUCGAGGUGCGCUACUACGAUCUUCUGCCCGAUCAGCAGUGGCGCGCCGAUCUCGUUCAGCUAGAGAGCCUGAUCGAUGAGAACACCGCCGCCCUUUUGAUCAACAAUCCGAGCAAUCCCUGUGGCAGCGUCUUCGAUGAGAAGCAUCUGCGCGAGUUGAUAGCCAUCUGCGAACGCCACUAUCUGCCCAUCAUUGCCGAUGAGAUCUAUGAGCACUUUGUGUUCCCCGGCUCCAAGCACUUGGCCGUGAGCAGCCUGACCACGGAGGUUCCAGUUCUCUCCUGUGGCGGGUUGACCAAACGCUUCCUGGUUCCCGGUUGGCGAAUGGGUUGGAUCAUAGUGCACGAUCGCAAGAAUCGUUUGCGCGAUGCCAUUGUCGGUCUAAAGAACAUGUGUGGUCGCAUUCUGGGCUCCAAUACCAUCAUUCAGGGUGCCCUGCCCGAUAUCCUGACCAAGACACCGCAGUCUUAUUUUGACGGCGUGAUUGAUGUGCUCCACUCGAAUGCCAUGCUGGCCUACAAGAUGCUGAAACAGGUGCGUGGCCUCGAUCCCGUAAUGCCCAAUGGAGCCAUGUACAUGAUGAUAGGCGUGAGCAUCGAACGCUUCCCGGAAUUCAAGGACGACACCCACUUUGUCCAGGAGAUGGUGAAUGAGCAGAGUGUCUUCUGUCUGCCGGGCAGCUGCUUUGAGUACCCGGGAUACGUGCGGAUCGUACUUACUGUGCCCGGGGCAAUGAUCGAGGAGGCGUGCUCCAGGAUUGCCGAGUUCUGCGAUCGCCACUACAAAAAGGAGUCGCGCAAUUUCAUUGAGCACGGACUGCUCGACUGCGAUGAUGUGGCCUUUUGAGCUGGGAGCAAAACAUUUAUUAGAUAUUCUAGACUACAAUUUUUAUCAAGUGUACAUAAGUGUAUGUAUGUAUAUAUACUAUAUAUAUAUAUAUAUCAAUCAUUUUAACUAUCCAAUAUAAGGAGUAUUGUCUCAAAAAAUUGCUGGAAAAGUAAAGCGCGUCACACACAGAUAGAUAGAGUUUAGAAAGAGCGAGUAAACUGCGGCUAAGUAAAUGGUCAUUAUGGAGGACUUCUGAAUAUAAAUAUAUAUAAUAUAAAUUUAUAUAUAUAUAUAUAGGCCUAUAUUUGAGCUAUCUGGCGCUGUAGGCUGGCUGGGGUUCUGUGCAAAAAAUGUUAAACUUGGUGAAAGUAGUGCUCCUUUGGAACAGGAUAUGAUAUGAUGAUGCCUUCUUGCUAGUUACAAUUAUUUCUAUUAGUUUCAAAUAAAUUUUCUGGCAGCCUUUAUCUAACGUGUGAUUUCAAUUUAAAAAUGCUGAACAUUUUCGCAUAAAUUGGAUUUAGAUGUGUGUAAUGAAUGAUAUUUGUAUGUAUAUUCGUUGUAAGAAAUUUUAAAAUGUUGCUUAAUGGGCUGUGAAACGUAAUUAGAAUGCUGUUGAGUGUUGUGAAGUGUAAUUGAAUGGUCCCCACAUUUCAGCAUUC